UCAAUCCCAGCCCCUCUGGUUCCUCCGUGGCUGUUAUUUAAAACUGGGCUCCAUGAUGGCGGGGGGGCCGGGCCGCUCCACUCCGCUCCUCCAGGAUCCGCCGUGUUGUCGGUGAAAACAACCCCCCACCUCCCCCUGGUUCCGGGCCGUGUUCGUCCGUCCUGCCCGGCCUCGGAUGUCUCUGCCGGUGGUUCUACCGGGCUCGUGCUGUCCGGUCAGCGGGACCUCGCAGCUGUCGGAGCCGUCUUACCGACACAGACCGCGGGGUUUGUCCUCCUCUUCGCGGGUCGGCACCGGGGGCUCCCGCCUGCUGCUGCCCGGCCGACCGCUGCUGUCCCUGGGCCUACUGCAGCUGCUGCUCGGUGCCACCAUGGUGGCGCUGUCCUUCGGAGCCCUGUCCCUCAGUAACUCUCCCCCCAUCCGGAACUCGUGUCCGUUCUGGGCUGGUUCGUCGGUGAUUCUGUCAGGUAUCGUGGGUCUGACCACAUGGAGGAGGCCCAUGCUGCUGUUGGUCAAUGUGUUUGUCCUGCUGUCUGUGGUGUGUGUGCUCCUUAAUCUGGCUGGAUUCAUCCUAUGCUGCCAGGGAGCACAGUUGGUUUCCAGUAUGACCAACUGCCAACUGAGUGAGGUUGGAGAUGUGUGUUACUGCUGCUCCCUGUCCUCCACCUCCAAAUGUCCUGAAGAGAAACUACUGGAGCUGCACCCAGCCCACUCCUGCAGCACCAUGAGGAUCCUGCUCAAGAAGGUGUUGUUUGCCCUGUGUGCUCUGAACGCCCUGACCACAGCUGUAUGCCUGAUGGCAGCUGCUCUGCGUUACCUGCAGAUCUUCACCACCAGAACACCCUGCCUGGAGGAGACCAGGCCCACUGUCGAAGAAGGGGAGGAGCCAGCUCUGGUUCCUGACCCAGAUGAGUUUGUGGCCCCCGCCCCUCCCCCCUCCUAUUUCUCCACAUUCUACUCAUAUACACCACGCCUGGCUCGCAGAAUGCUCAGGGACAGUGUGAUCCCACUGCCUCACAUCUACGGGGCUCGAAUCAAAGGGGUGGAGGUCUUCUGUCCACUGGACCCCCCACCUCCAUAUGAGGCUGUAGCUGGGAGCUCCGCGAAUGCGGACACUCAGGACUCAGACGUUGCUCUGACGGAAAUGACAGUCAACUCCUCCGUCAACUCCACCAUCAACUCUGAGGUGGAAACGUCUGCUCAAGACCCCCAGAUGGUCUCAGCCUCAUCAGGACUUGUGGCCCAGGCCCAGCAGAACCCAGGUCCAUCCCAGUGGAGGAGGCCCAGGCUCCUGCGCUCCAGCAGUGACCCCAUGGUGACAGAUCCAGCUAAAGUGUGGAGCAGUGACCCCCCCCUCGCUGCUUCUCCGCAGACCACCGACUCGUCCACACAGACCUCGGAGCCCACCCUGGCAGCCCACACCCAGGGACAGGUCACGCUCCGACGGGGGAACCGCGCCGGCCAGACGCCGCGCCGGCCUCGGCCCUCGUCCAUGGUGGACUACCAGAGCUACCGACACACACAGCUGCUGGUCAGGAAGAUCCUGGAUCAGCCGGCUGCCCAGGGUCUGACCCCUGAGGUCCAGGAGCUGGUGGACAGUAUACGCCACGUCCUGCAGUCGGACCAGGAGCACAUGGACGAGGCCGUUCGCUGCGCCAGCUACAUAGAACAGGUGUUUACUGAUUCGGAGAUGAGUCCUGGUCGGCGUCAGGCCCCUCCCCCCCAGCAACACCCUGCAGUCAGCUCCAGCCAGACGUUCCCCCGCCCCCCCAAGAGGAAAACUGGAGUGUUUCACCUUCAGAGCUGUGGCGACCUCAGCACCUUCGCCUGUGAGGCUCUGGAGUCUGCCACACGUCAAGAGAACAGUACAAAAGUAGGCUCCAGAGCGGGGUCCAGGACGGGGUCCAGGACAGGGUCCCGCCCGGAUCACCCUGAACAUCGCCACAGUCUGAUCGGAGUCUUCAGAGAGACGGUGCUUUGAGUAAAACCGCAGUGUUCAGUAUUCACGCCUGCAGGCCGCCGUCUUAACUGUCGCCACGGAGUUUGGCCGUUGAACAGAACUGUGGAAUCAAACCUCAAAUCAAAACAUCACUAUACUUUAUCAAAGUGGAAUUUUGUUUCCAAAAGAUCCAGAACGAAUCUGUCAAAGUGGCAAAAACCUACUCAUAGACUUGAUAGAAAACACUGCUUUAGUACUUUAUACUUUUUAGUACUUUAUAUGUUUUUAGCUUUAUGUGAAAGAUUGUUCCAGAACAAAACAUCUGUUCGUAUUUCAAUGAAACUCAUAAGAAUAAAAACACAUCAGGCACUACAGGGUUUUUUUUUUGUUUUUUUGUAAUUUUUUAACCAGAAAAUGUAAAAUCCUAAUACAUGACUGAGCCCUGGCAUGUUUGUGUUCAUCAGCUGUGGGUUUAAUGUGGAUGUUCAUGUUCUGACCUAGUGUCCUCUGUUGGACGCUGCACAAAAAGAGUUACACACAUCAGUGGAUGGAAAUGACAAAACCCACAAAAAAACUGUAUAUUCAUAUUAAAAUGACAGACUUUCUCUGCGUUGUAUGAUUUAUGUCCAAGAGCAGGGGUGUCAAACUCAUUUUAGUUCAGGGGCCACAUCCAACCUAAUAUGACAUAAAAGUGGGCCGGACCAGUAAAGUAAUAUAAACAAUAGGAUAAGAACU